UUCCUGGACUGGACAAUCAACUUUUUUCAUUACUUGACACUGAUCCUACAGUUGAUGGAGUAAGGGAUAUUGUUAAAAGUUGGUUGAAUCAAACAGCACUUGACAGCCCAUCCACCUGGGUAGAGUUGUGUCGUAAGGUGAUGUCAAAAACUGGGUCAGUUGCGAGCGCUGGAGCACCGAUUGAACCACCUUCGUUGGAUCUCAUUGAUGGAGACAUUGAUGGCGGAGAUGAGGAAGGCGAAGACUUUGUUGUUGAUAAGUCUACCGAAGAUGCUACUCAAAGGUCCGAUGGUAUGCGGAAGAAUAAGCAAAUGUCACGGGAUUCUAUACAGAUUCCUCCCCGUUGGAGGACACAACUGUUUGCUCUUCAAUGCUUGCGUCAAGUAGUUGAAGUUAUUUAUCUGAGCGGGAAUAAAGAACAUUUUGACCUUGUUACUGCCAAGAGAGGUAAACAAUCGGGGAAAGAUUAUUUGGUAUUAAGAGUUGCAGAUUUGAUUAAGAUGGCAUUUAUUGCCUCGACCGCUGUUGUGGGAGAAAUGAGAUUGGAGGGGUUAACUGUAUUAAGAGAUGUAAUUGAGAAAUUCGCGGCCACUCCCGAUCCUGACUUCGAAGAAGCCGCACUUUUAGAGCAAUAUCAGGCACAAAUUGGUGCUGCCUUGACUCCAGCCUUUACUGCCGAAUCAUCACCGGAAAUUCUUUCAGCCGCUGUAAGAGUCUGCGCCGUGUUUGUUGGAAGUGGGAUUGUCAAGGAAUUAUAUCGAAUGGGUCGCAUAUUGAAACUUUUAACUACUGCUCUGGAAAAUUGUCGAG